AAUUGAGGUUAUGAUUUGGGGAGUGUACGCUGAUCCUAGACCUGCGCCUGAGCAUCUGUUACCCAGUGCUAUUCUCGAAAUAGGGCCCCUGGUGUCACUCAUCUACUACCCAGCGUUCAUUAUCGGUAGCGCCACUUUUGGUAGGGAACUGUCGCACACAGGACGAUUGAACGCCAGUUGGUAGCACCGUUUUUUUUGGUCGAAAAUGGAACGAAAAGUAGCUCGAGAAUUUAGGCACAAGGUGGAGCUGCUCAUUGACAAUGAGGCAGAAAAGGAUUACCUGUACGAUGUCCUGCGGAUGUACCACCAAUCCAUGGAGUUGUCAGUGUUGGUGGGGGACUUGAAACUGGUCAUCAACGAGCCCAGCCGCCUGCCGCUGUUUGAUGCCAUCCGGCCCCUCAUUCCCCUCAAACACCAGGUGGAGUACGACCUGCACACCCCUAAGAGGUCACGUAAGCUAAAGGAGGUGCGUCUGGAUCGUACUCAUCCUGAGGGUCUGGGUCUGAGUGUGAGAGGGGGCCUGGAGUUCGGCUGUGGUCUCUUCAUCUCACAGAUCGUCAAGGAUGGACAGGCUGGAAACAGUGGCCUGCAGAUGGGAGAUGAGAUUGUACGCAUCAAUGGAUACUCCAUUUCUUCCUGUGUCCACGAGGAAGUCAUCAACCUCAUCAAGACCAAGAAGACCGUGUCGCUCAAAGUCAGGCAGGUUGGAAUGAUACCAGUGAAGAGUUCCACAGAGGAGCCUCUGAAGUGGCAGUUUGUGGACCAGUUUGUGUCUGAGUCUGGGAAGAAAAGCAGUGUGGCAGGCCUGGUGUCCAUGGGAGGCAAGGAGAUCAGGGAGAAGAAGGUGUUCCUGAGCUUGGUGGGCACCAAGGGCAUGGGCAUCAGCAUCUCCAGUGGCCCCACACAGCAGCCUGGUAUCUACGUCAGUAACGUCAAACCUGGCUCCCUCGCUGCUGAAGUAGGACUACAGAUUGGUGACCAGAUUGUCGAGGUGAACAGGGUGGAAUUCACUAAUCUGGACCACAAAGAGGCUGUCAGAGUUCUGAAGAGCAGCAGGAGUCUAACCAUYACAGUUCUUUCUGGUGCUAUUCACAUGAGAAAGAUGGAGAUUACUCAGAAGACUGCUGAGGAAGAGGAACGCUACCAGAAGAAGAUGGAGAAGAUCGAGGCUACGGAGAGGAAGCACAAUGAGGAGUGGGAGGAGGACUGGGCCCCUGGAGAACAAACCAAAACCAAGAGUCCCUCCCCGGCCCUGCACGAAAUCAACACCCCACCCCCCGAGUACAAGAGCUCUGACUAUGGAGCCAGCUCUUUUCAGGCUGAUGACAACGAUGAAGGGGAAGAGGAGGAGGAGGAAGAGGAGGAAGAAGGGAGAGAAAAAUAUGUUGAAGACUUUGAUCCCCUCUCCAUGUUCUCCUCGGAGCAGAUAGCUGGACGAGACGUGAAACUGCUGMGAAUCAAAAAGGUUGGACCACUUGAUCUGGCCGUGGAGGGGGGUGUAGACUCCCCUCUGGGAAAGCUAGUGGUAUCUGCCAUUUAUGAUGGAAGCUCAGUAGACAAACAUGGUGGGAUUGUACCAGGAGAUGAGGUGAUGGCUGUGAAUGGGAAGGUCCUGACUGACUCCUCACUGACAGAAGGAGAGAAUGCUCUGAACUUGGCCUGGAACAGUGGAGGGGAUUGGAUUGAGCUGGUGAUAGCAGUGUCACCUCCAAAAGAAUACGAAGAUGAGGUGACGUUCUUCUGAGUCACUUCGUCACCCAGCCUGUCAAACAAGCCAUACCCACCAACCACCCGUCUCAUUAUCUCUGACAUACUUCUAUCGUCACAAUCAAAUCCCUGCAUCAAACUGUUUCAAAUGCAAUGCUGAUCAUUACUGAAAACAAGUCUGUUGAACCAGAACCACGCUGUGAUGUGCUACCUGUAAACUGUCUGAACUUCAUCCUCUGAGUUUCAUUUAGAUCCCAGUACAGAUACUUCUGAUAUAUAUAAUAAUAUGGAUCUGGGGUACAUAAUCCCCAGAGCUAUAWAUGUAGAGAGUUGAGACAUUGAGGUUACUGCAUUAUUAUGUAUUUACAUGACACUACAAAAUUCUAUUGCAGCCAUGUUAGCUCCCCAUUUAAAUAUGGGCAAUAUUUAAACGAUGCUGUGCAACUGAAUGUCUACAAUUAGAACAUUAUUUCAACAUUCUAAAAUGUGGCCCAACUCUCUAAAUACAUGGCUCUGGUAACCCCCCUUCUUCUCAUAUUAGUACACCACAGCAAAGGAAGUGUAUCUUAUUGAGUUUUGAGUCAAUCCAGUGGUGAAAACCUGAACUCCGAAGAGCCCGAGUGUCAACAGGCCUGUAUUGUUCUUUCCCAAGUGGAGCUGGUAAUACUGACAGUCUAAUUAAAUGCUUAGUGCAUCUCAAUGAGCUUCUAGUAUGCCAUAGAUCAAAGCAUGAGCUGCCAAACACCCAAACAUGUUAGUAGCGGUGUUGACUAAUGGCGAGUAAACUGUAGGCUAUAAAAAAAUAAAUACAGCAGACCCGAGGCCCAGCAGGUAGGCAGGCACACUGUGAUGUAAUCAAUGUCCCUCCUCUGAAAUCAACGCCCUCAGAAUCAAUAAAGGUAUUUGUUCACUUUGA